AUGGAGAAAAACCUUUUCUCCAUUAAGGCUCUCUCACUCUCCAUAUCUCUCUCCUGGCUUCUCCUCCUCGUCGUCACCUCUUUUCCCGGCCGCGCUGCAACGCAGAGUCUGACGGAUGCAGUAUUUGACAUAACUGGCCAGCCGCUCAAAUCAGGAGGACCUUAUGAUGUACGCACUUUUAUUGGAAAUUACCCCAUCAUUGCCAUCUACACAAGCAACAAUAGAUGCCGGAAUUUGGUGGCCGUAGACACAGUUCGUCGUAGUGCCUAUUCAGUGAACAUCCAACCAGCCAACGGUCAGGAACCUUUUAUUCGUCGAGACAAUACAGUCAAGUUUGAGUUUAAUAAUGAUCCUCCCUGCAUCAAUAGCUCUGUGUGGCAGCUUGCCCCGCCGGACCCAAAAAAUAACGGCCGGCAGCUAGUUACACUUGGUGGGAAAAAAGGGAAGGCCGGGUGCGACACUGCCCGAACCUGGUUCAAGAUCACUAAGCCCCCCAGAUAUCAGGAUCAAAAUGUCUACUCCAUUGUAUCCGACUCUAGCGAUGUCUGUGACAUCCCUGUGCAGCCCUAUUACAUCGCCGCCACCGGUGCAGAUGUAAAUGGAGCGCGGGUUUUCGCAGCCGUCGUAGGGUCUCCAACAGCCCUGGUGUUCGUGCCGGACAAUUGA